ACUGACUGCGCACGUGAGUUCCUUGGGAUUCGGUCGCUGGUAGAUUUCGCAUUUCAGAUCUCCAACUCCGACAGGAAACCAUCUACGUCCAGCAAAGUCAAGACAUUUUUCUGUUAAGUCGUCGGACCAACGACAUAUAGCAGUCCCUCCGCCGUAUCUAGUCCAUCUUCUGCCUGUUUGACAUGCUGAUUGCAGCAUGCUCAAACGCGCAGCUUUGCCUCUAUUGAGGCCGCGACAAUGCCGGCCUUUGGUCCGACAAACAUAUGCGUCAACACGAUUGCGAUUUUAUCGGCGAGACCAAGGGUUGAGAAGUGCAGACUACAAACCUCCACAGGAUAGCUCGGCAUCUCAGUCCACGGACUCUCGCGAACCUCUACGGAAAGUCCCUUUCACCCAAGCCAGCCCAGCUCCAAAAGAUGAACAAUCGUCAAAUUCUACACCUUUUGGGGCAGACCCCACCAAAGACAUCAACGACGUCUCUGAAUCGGUAUCUGAGGCGAGUCGAAGGUCUGUGGGCGAACAACAACCUGCAGACCAGGCAGACCAGCCACAACAGCCGUUGCCGGACCUGACUCGAGGCAUUCCGUCCACCUUGGAUGCGGAACUGCGCCAAGCACAUGAGAAGCACUCGGCUCAAGCCAAUCCGUCGAGUUUGAAUAUCACCGAAGAUCCUGCGGAAGAAGUACCGAGCGGCGGACGAGGACGCGGCGGCGGUGAUGAUGUGCCCCGGACGGAGUAUGUCUCCACCAGCGACCGGAAGAAGAACAUGAUAUUCAGAUACAUGUACAUCGUCCUGGGAGUUGGAAUCGCCGGUUAUACUGUUUAUCUAGGCCGUAAUUGGGAGUCGGAGGAGGAAGAAAAGGCUCACCCAGAUGCGCCGUCCGGUUGGGGCUUCAAAGAAUUCUACAACCGGGUGAGCGCUCGGUUGGGCUCAACACUGAGCUACUACCGUGACCCUGUGACAACCAAGUUACUGCCGGACGAAGACCCCGAUCCAAACCUGCGCUAUCCGUUCACCUUGGUGAUCAGUCUGGAAGAUAUGCUCAUCCACUCGGAAUGGACUCGAGACAAAGGUUGGCGGAUAGCCAAACGACCCGGUGUUGACUAUUUCCUUCGAUACCUUGGAAGCUACUAUGAGAUUGUCCUGUUCACCAGUCAACCCAUGGCGAUGGCUGAACAGGUCUUGCGAAAGCUUGAUCCUUAUCAGACAAUCAGAUGGCCGUUGUUCCGUGAAGCCACACUCUACAAAGAUGGCGGUUACAUCAAGGAUCUUUCCUAUCUCAACCGUGAUCUCAAGAAAGUGCUUAUCAUCGAUACUGAUCCGCAUCACGUCAAACACCAACCCGAAAAUGCCAUCAUCCUACCCAAGUGGACUGGCGACCCGAAGGAUCAGACUCUAAUCCAGUUGAUUCCCUUCCUGGAGUAUUUGGCGACCAUGGGCUUCGACGAUGUUCGGGAGGUCUUGAAGUCGUUCGAAGGAACAUAUAUUCCGGCCGAAUUUGCUCGCCGGGAGAAGCUGUUGCGGGAGAAAUUCGAGGCUGAGGCAGCAGAAAAACGCAAGCACAAGAAAAAGAGCGUUGGCGGAAUUGCACAAUGGUUGGGCUUGACGAACAAACAUCCGGAUGCUCUCAAUCCCGACGAGGCUGGCGAAGGCAAGAUGCUGUGGGAUCAGAUUCGUGAACGUGGACAGCGACAGUACAUGGAAUUCGAAAAGAAGAUCAAGGAGGAAGGAGAGAAAUGGCUGGCUGAGAGAGAGACAGAAGAAAAGCGACUGCAGGAAGAAGCCUUGAAGAACAUGAAGGUUGGAUUUUUCUCCGGCUGGUUCGGUGGCAGCAGCGACAAGGGUGGAGAGAAGAAGUAAUCAGGGACAUACGGUUCGUGUGGAUGUAUUGCAAGCAUUGGACAGGAGAAGUCUCCGAGUCUAUUGUACAAAAACAUGGAUAGGACAACUACCAUCAGACUGGUUGGUGGCAGCGGAGGAGGAUCUCCCUUCAUGUACAGCAAAGUACUGUUCGAGUUUGCAUGUUCUCUCCAAUUGGACUGCUAAUAGGCGCAUCGGGCAUGUGAAACGUAUCAAGCGCUUAAGAAGUAUUGUCAAUAGUCAUCCAGAGGUUAUCCGCAUUCUGGAUGUAGAGGAGUCAAGAAAGUGGAUGCCAUGGACAGAACCGUCCGAGCCUGAAAGAUCGUGUCGACAACAUACCUGGCAUACAUAGGUAAGAAGAAGCCGACAUAAUAGCCUUGCGUUUACAAAU